UCAUUUCCCCCUCUGUCAGGUGAGCUUGACCAAAUCAGAACUUCCACAGUGGGGCAGCCAGGACGUGAGCUCUCCGGCCGGGAGGAAGCACUUCCUCCGCACCACACACUGGCAGGAUGAAGAUAGUCAAGUGAGAAUCGGAAUCAUAAUGUCAUCGUCAGUCCUCCUCCUCCUCCUCCUGGAUCUUUCGGUCCAGGUGUGGGCCUCCCACCAACAUUUCCACCCCCACUCCAUCAAAAUCCCAGGUGACAUCACCCUGGGCGGCCUGUUCCCCAUUCACGCCCGCGGACCCCAUGGCCUUCCCUGUGGCGAGCUGAAGAAGGAGAAGGGCAUCCACCGCAUGGAGGCCAUGUUGUACGCGCUGGACCAGAUCAACGGCGACCCCUCGCUGCUGCCCAACAUCAAGUUGGGCGCGCGCAUCCUAGACACAUGUUCACGGGACACGUACGCCCUUGAGCAGUCGCUGACCUUUGUGCAGGCCCUCAUCCAGAAGGACACAUCCGACAUCCGCUGCUCUGAUGGGCGGCCGCCCCUCAUCCGGAAGCCCGAGCGCGUCGUGGCAGUGAUCGGGGCCUCUGCAAGCUCUGUGUCCAUCAUGGUGGCCAACAUCUUGCGCCUCUUUGAGAUCCCUCAGGUGAGCUACGCGUCGACUGCUCCUGAACUGAGCGACAACAAUCGCUACGACUUCUUCUCCCGAGUGGUUCCACCGGACUCGUACCAGGCACAAGCCAUGCUGGACAUCGUUAAAGCUCUGGGCUGGAACUACGUGUCUACCUUGGCCUCUGAGGGAAACUAUGGUGAGAGCGGAGUGGACGCCUUCGUGCAGAUCUCAAGAGAGGCUGGUGGCGUAUGUAUCGCCCAAUCUGUGAAGAUUCCCCGUGAGCCGACGGACGGCGAGUUUGACAAGAUCGUCAGUCGCUUGAUGGAGACCAGCAACGCCAGGGGGGUCAUCAUCUUUGCCAACGAGGACGACAUCAAACAGGUCCUGGAGGCGGCCAAGCGUGCCAACCUGACAGGACACUUCCUGUUUGUGGGGUCCGACAGCUGGGGGGCAAAGAGCUCGCCCGUCAUGGAACUGGAGGAUGUCGCCGAGGGGGCCGUUACCAUCUUGCCCAAACGAGCGUCCAUAGACCGCUUUGAUCAGUACUUCGUGUCUCGCUCUCUGGAGAACAAUCGCAGAAACAUUUGGUUCAAUGAGUUCUGGGAAGACGAUUUCCGUUGUAAACUCACCCGACCUGGUGUCGAAGUGGACCCUGGCAAGAAGAAAUGCACAGGCCAGGAGAGAAUCAGCCAGGACUCUCCGUACGAGCAGGAGGGCAAGGUUCAGUUUGUAAUUGACGCCGUUUACGCCGUGGCCUACGCCCUGAACAGCAUGCAGCAACAGCUCUGUGGCGACCGACCCGACGGCGGCGUUUGCAGCGCCAUGGACCCGGUGGAGGGACGCUCCUUGCUGAGCUACAUCCGAGACGUCAACUUCAACGGAAGUGCCGGCACCAGCGUCUUAUUCAACGAGAAUGGAGACGCUCCCGGCCGUUACGACAUCUUCCAGUUCCAGAUGACCAAUCACAGUCACCCUGGCUACCACGUCAUUGGCCAGUGGACCAACAACCUGCGUCUCAAUUUGGAGGAGAUGCAGUGGUCCGGAGGAGACAAGUCACUGCCAGACUCCAUUUGCAGUUUACCCUGUAAACCUGGAGAGAGGAAGAAGAUGGUCAAUGGGGUCCCCUGUUGUUGGCACUGUGAGCUCUGUGACGGCUAUCAGUACCAAGUGGACCAGUUCACCUGCGAGACCUGUCCGUCGGACAUGCGGCCGGUCCCGAACAGGACCGCCUGUCGUCCGACGCCAAUCAUUAAACUGGAGUGGAACUCGCCGUGGGCCUUGGUGCCCGCCUCCCUUUCCAUGCUCGGUAUCCUGGCGACCUGCACGGUCGUUAUCACCUUCGUCCGAUUUAACGACACGCCCAUUGUCAGAGCAUCUGGACGGGAGCUCAGCUACGUUUUACUGACAGGGAUCUUUUUAAUCUACUUGAUCACGUUCCUGAUGAUCGCCGAGCCCGGCGUGGUCGUGUGCGCGUUCCGUCGCCUUCUGCUGGGCCUGGGCAUGGCCAUCACGUACUCCGCUAUGUUGACCAAAACCAACCGCAUCUAUCGCAUCUUCGAACAGGGCAAACGCUCAGUGACGCCGCCCAAGUUCAUCAGCCCCACCUCGCAGCUGCUCAUCACCUUCAUCCUGGUCUCGGUCCAGGUGUUUGGCGUGUUUGUGUGGUUCGCCGUGGUGCCGCCUCACACCAUUGUCGACUACGACGAGCUCCGUCCCCCGAACCCUGACUUGGCCAGAGGGAUUCUCAAGUGUGACAUGUCUGAUCUGUCAAUCAUCUGCUGCCUCAGCUACAGUAUCGUGCUCAUGGUGACGUGCACCGUGUACGCCGUGAAAAGCCGGGGCGUCCCGGAGACUUUUAACGAGGCAAAACCCAUCGGUUUCACCAUGUACACCACCUGCAUCGUCUGGCUGGCCUUCGUACCCAUCUUUUUUGGUACAGCCCAAUCCACAGAAAAGAUGUUCAUCCAGACGGCGACUUUGACCGUGUCCAUGACUCUCAGUGCGUCCGUCUCCCUCGGAAUGCUUUACAUUCCCAAAGUUUACGUCAUCCUCUUUCAGCCGGAGCAGAACAUCCAGAAGAGAAAGAGGAGCUUCAAGGGUGUUGUCCAGGCUGCUCAGGUGUCUCACAAAUCCAUCAAGCUGAAUCAGAAUGGAAAGAGCAUGUUUGAGCCCGACAGAACGCAAUAAACACAAGGCACGCUUAAUAUGGAUGAAGGGCCUCAUUUGACCAAUCCCUGCGAACAACCUGAUGACGUCACUGUCAUCUGAAGAGCACGUUUUCACUCCUCAGCAAAUGGUUCCAUUUCAAAUAGGUUUAUUGACAAAUUAUGCGAUCAUUCAACAAUGUGUCCGGGUUUCUUUCAGCAUAAUUUGGCCAAGUGUGUUUUGAUGCAAUAAAUCCGUUUUAUCGUGUUCAAACAUUUCAUACAUCAAGAAAAUAAACACGUUGGAUGAUGAUGUGUCAGUC